UAAGGGGGGCAGCGGCGCCAGCUCUCAGACUCCGCGAGCCGGUCGCAAGCAGCGCGCGCGCACGCAGUGAUAAACGAAAACGAACGAUACUCGCGAACAGUUAUUUAUUUACUUUACAUGGCAAAGUUUUUAUUUUAAAUUAUGUGAUAAGAAUCGUGUUUAAGAAUAUUUAAUCAAUUAUUUACGUUUUGUUAUUUAAGAAUCUCAAUAUAAACUUACUUAUUUUAAUUGAAUAAUAAACGAAGUGCGACCAAAAUGACUAUAAAAAAUAAAAAGACUAAAUCGAAUACUUCCGAGGUGACGUCAUCCAAAAGUGCCUCAACCAGUGUACAGAAAACAAGCACAUCGACGUCUGUGCAAAAAAGUAGCAAUACCUUGCAGAAGGUCAGCUCAUCUGGUAAGAAGGUUCGAUAUAUUGAUGUAAAGGUCGAAGAGGACGACCCCCUUAUGAUAACAGACAUAUCCGACCAUGCGUCUAUUAGUGGUUCUGUUGUAUCUGAGCAUUACAAUAGCCAUCCUCACUAUAUCAUAACAGAAGCACCUUCAAUGUCCGACCUAUCGCAAGCCCGAUCACUGCAAGAACAUCAAGUAAGUGAUAUGGCUCAGUCCACAACUGGUGAGUUCGUUUCAAGCUCUGUAUUACAACAAUCUUCCUCAACAUCACAACAGCAAACGUCUAAAAGCGAAAGCUAUCAAUCAUCAUCAACGUCUAUUCAGCAUUCCGGUUCCACUCAGAGUCAAAUAUACGACAAGACAGUGGACUCUUCUACUAAUCAAUCGCUUAAUACUGGAUUUAUUGAUAAUACAGCAUUUAGUACUUCCAAUACCCAGAAUGCAUUUUUGACAAGAUCUCAGGGGGCUAAUGCCACAAAUUCAUUCAUACAAUCUGAACGUCAAAAUUUAGCACAGACUCAAUCUGGCCAGUUUUCGAGCCAUGAUUCCAAUACAAACCGUAUUAGUAGUCGUAAUGACGAACGCCAUCAAAAUGUCUCUGGUACUUCUAACAGAGUGGAUACUGUUAGAUCGGAUCCUAACAAUUUUUAUGGAGGUGAAGGAACACUUGAUAAAAAUAUGAAAACAAAAGAAUAUAGUAGUACUUCGCAGUCAAGUCAAUCUAAAAGCAGCAGUGUAACAAAAACGUCUUCAUCUUCUUAUGUUGUUGAAAUUGUUGACGGUAAGGAGAGGAUUAUUGACAACUCUAAAAGAGAGUGGGGUGACGCUAAAGAACAUGCUACAAAUGAAGAAUAUGCAAGCGUAAGUGGCACUGAUAUUAAGCCUCAGACAAUGUAUAGUUCUCAAAAUUAUGACAUGAAAUCAAAAUAUGAUACCGGAAAAGAUGGAGCAAAGCCCAUCAAUGAAAUGACAAUUAAAGAAGACUCCAAAUUCGUUAAAGAUGGAAACCAGUUAACUAGUCAUGCGAGCGUGAUUAGUCAAAAAGAUAAUUCAAUCCAACAAGAAUUUUCAUCUACUCGAGAGCAAAUAUCAAAUGAAGAUUAUUCACGAAUGAGGAAUGUGUCGGAUAAUAUCCGACCUGUUCGUUAUGAUUCUGAUAGCAUGGAUCAAAGUAAUAACCAAAAUAUUCACCAAAACAAUAAUCAAAAUGUUCAUCAGAACAUUAAUAUGCAGCAUCAAAAUAUCAAUCAAAAUAUUCAACAUCAAUCAACUAUUGAUCAAAAUACUAGCACAACUAAUGUCCGUAAUUUGCAGUCAAAUACCAACUACAGCAACACAGAGCAAAGGGAUGUAAAAGAAAAUAUAACGUCAAGGAAUGAAACUACAACCGACCAAAUAACUCGUAGGCGCGACAUAAAUCAAACUGAUGCUUCUAACUUUUACGGCUACGAUGCAACCAUUCAGGACCAGAUUAGAAAAGUAGGAGAUAUUCUACAGGUCCCAAAUACUGAAAAUAUUAACUAUUCAACUAAGAUAAUGAAAAGUAACACAAGUAGUGCCCAGCAAGCAUCUACAUCUUCUUAUGUAUUUGAAGUUGUUGACGGUAAGCAGAGAGUGGUAGAUAGUAAGCAUAGAGAAUGGGGAGACAGUAAAGAACAUGCAACAUAUGAAAAAAGUCACAAUAUUAGUGGUACGGGAAUCAAGCCCGAACAUGAAUAUUCUAGACAUGUACUUGAUAAGGAAUCGUAUUAUGAUACUGGAAAGGAUGGUGUCCCUAAAAGUGCCACACAUGUGGAAGAGGAAUCGGCUCUAUAUAAAAAUGGAAUUGAAGUUGCUUCAACAAGAAAUAAAUUUUCUAGUGACUUAACAAAACCAGUAAAACCAGCCAUAUCUGAACAUACAACAGAGACAGAUGACAUACGAAGACAAAGGGUAGUCGAUGAGAGCACUAAUGCAUACACAGAUAAACAUAGUACUUUAAAUGACGUACAGUCGUACACUCAAGAAUCUGAUGACGUCAGAAAAACUACUGAAUUAAUAACAAGUGAGAAACAAAACAUAUCUAAGGAAACAACAUCAAAGACGAGUUCUGAAACAAAAGACACAUUGACUACUUAUGAAAGGAGCACGGGAACAUGGAAUGGAAAAUUCAUAUAUGAAAAUGAUGACGAUAGACCUAAGCGACCAAAACAAAUGUCACCAUUUGGUAAACCUGAGCAACCACGACACCAUUUGAAACGUCAAGAUACUGAAGAAAAUAUUAUAUUGUCAUCAAGAGAUAUUAAAGACUUUACAUCUAUCAGCGAUUUACGAAAAAUCAUAGAGACAUCUCAAUCAAACAAAGACGUUACCGUAAGUAAUAAAAAUAUUGUUAUUCGGAGAAAUAUUGAUGAUAGAGUUUUGAAAGAAAUUAUAGAUACCGUAAAAAAAUACCCAUUCAAAAGAAUAGAUAAGGUAACGUUCGGUACAAAAAUUAAUGAAGAUGUUAAAGACCUUUAUGAAGGCAUUGAUACUGAAGAAACAACCGUUUUAAGUACUACAACGGGAGAUAAAGUAAAAAAAUCAUUUGAAAUCGAUAAAACAAGAAGUCAAAUCGAAGUGACGCGAUACAUUACCGAAAAUGGUAUAACUAGAAAGGAAACAACAUACGAAGAUGCAAAAGAAGAUGAAAAAGUUAUCACCGACGUUUUUGUGGAUAACAGUUCGUUAGACAUCAGAAACUUGAAGGAUGUCCGUACAACGAAAGACAUACACGAAUACGACGUGGUUGAUCACGCUAUUACAGAUACCACAAGGCAGGAUACAGUCAUCAGCUCCGUCUAUGAUGAGACUAUCAUAGACGAUAGAAAAACCGUGCGAGAUGACAAAACAACAAUCGAAGAGACUGUCUACAUAGACGAAACUAGGCCAAGGCCUGGUGGCCCUAAGAAGCCAGAGAAGAUAGUAAAGGAACAAUGCAUUUGUGAAAUCUGCACUUGUGGGCAUCACCGUUGCCCACACAACGAUGUCCCGGAGCCAUUGUUCGAUGUGGAGCACACCACGAGCGUGGUUUCCGCGUACAAACAAGAUUAUGAUGAAAAACAUGUCAAUCGAACCACAGCAGUUAUUCAUGAAGAUCACUUAUAUCUCGAAGGUGAUUUUCAAGAGCCAGAACGUCCCCGUUGGCAACCCGUCGAGCGGCCUAAAGCAACUAAGCCAGAAGAUAACCUUAAGCCCGAAGGAGAAUUCGAAAAAAGGCAACCUGAGGAAUGGCGCCCAGGUGACAGAGCACCAACCAGACGGCCUGAAGAUAAUUUGAAGCCAGAAGGUGAAUUUACAACUCCUGAAAAAGACCAGUGGCGUCCAGCGGAACGACAGCGUCCACGGAAACCUGAGGAUAACUUGAAACCAGAAGGUGAUGUUGAAUAUACAAGACCAGGAGAAUGGCGACCAGGUGAUCGAGCCCCUGUGAAGCGGCCCGAAGAUAACUUGAAACCGGAGGGUGAAUUUGAAAAGAGACGUCCAGAAGAAUGGAGACCUGGGGACAGAGCUCCAACUCGUAGACCAGAAGAUAAUUUGAGACCAGAAGGAGAAUUUACUACACCUCAAAAAGAACAAUGGCGACCAGCAGAACGCCAAAAACCCAAAAAGCCCGAAGACAACUUAUUUCCAGAGGGUGAAUUUGAAAAGCGUAGACCAGAUGAAUGGCGUCCUGGUGACAGGGCUCCAGUACGUCGGCCAGAAGACAAUUUAAGACCUGAAGGAGAUUUCGAAAAAAGACGACCUGAAGAAUGGCAACCGGGUGACAGAGCUCCCACACGUCGCCCUCAAGACAAUCUUAAGCCUGAAGGGGAAUUUACUUCUCCAGAAAAAGAGCCAUGGCGACCUGCUGAGCGUCAAAAACCUAAAAAACCUGAAGAUAAUUUGUAUCCUGAAGGAGAAUUUGCAAAAAGAAAGCCUGAUGAGUGGCGGCCAGGAGAUAGAGCUCCAGUCCGUAAGCCUGAAGACAAUCUUAAACCCGAAGGAGAUUUCGAAGACAGAAAACCUGAAAAGUGGCAACCUGGAGAGAGAGCACCUGUUAAGCGCCCUGAAGACAAUCUUAAACCGGAAGGUGAUUUUGAAAAAAGACGACCUGAAGAAUGGCAACCGGGUGACAGAGCUCCCACACGUCGCCCUCAAGACAAUCUUAAGCCUGAAGGUGAAUUCACUUCUCCAGAAAAAGAACCUUGGCGACCUGCUGAGCGUCAAAAACCUAAAAAACCUGAAGAUAAUUUAUAUCCUGAAGGAGAAUUUACAAGACGAAAACCUGAUGAGUGGCGCCCCGGUGAUAGAGCUCCAAUCCGUAAGCCUGAAGAUAAUCUUAAGCCUGAAGGCGAUUUUGAAGACAGAAAACCUGAAAAAUGGCAACCUGGCGAGAGAGCACCUGUUAAGCGCCCUGAAGACAAUCUUAAGCCCGAGGGAGAUUUUGAAAAAAGACGACCAGAAGAAUGGCAGCCUGGUGACAGAGCUCCUACGCGUCGACCUCAAGAUAACCUUAGGCCUGAAGGUGAAUUCACUUCUCCGGAAAAGGAGCAAUGGCGACCCGCUGAGCGUCAAAAACCCAAAAAACCUGAAGACAAUUUGUAUCCUGAAGGUGAAUUUGCACAAAGAAAGCCUGAUGAGUGGCGUCCAGGAGACAGAGCCCCAGUCCGUAAGCCUGAAGAUAAUUUGAAGCCUGAGGGAGAAUUUACUUCUCCAGAAAAGGAGCAAUGGCGACCCGCUGAGCGUCAAAAACCUAAAAAACCUGAAGACAAUUUAUAUCCAGAAGGUGAAUUUGCACAACGAAAGCCUGAUGAGUGGCGUCCAGGCGAAAGAGCUCCAGUCCGUAAGCCUGAAGAUAAUCUUAAGCCUGAAGGUGAAUUCACUUCUCCUGAAAAGCAGCCUUGGCAGCCAGCUGAACGCCAAAAACCGAAGAAACCAGAAGAUAAUCUUAAACCUGAAGGAGACUUUGAAGAUAGAAAACCGGAGAAGUGGCAACCUGGAGAUAGAGCUCCUACGCGACGUCCAGAAGAUAACCUCAAGCCCGAAGGUGAGUUCACAACACCUGAAAAAGUACCUUGGCGACCAGCUGAGAGGCAGAAACCUAAACGACCUGAGGAUAAUCUAUUUCCCGAAGGAGAUUUUGAAGACAGGAAGCCAGACAAGUGGCAACCUGGCGAGAGAGCAACGGUCAAACGUCCCGAAGACAAUCUUAGACCUGAAGGUGAUUUUGAAAAAAGGCGUCCUGAAGAAUGGCAACCAGGGGAUAGGGCUCCUACGCGUCGUCCGGAAGACAAUCUUAAACCCGAAGGUCAAUUUACUACACCAGAAAAGGAGCCAUGGCGACCAGCCGAGCGACAGAAGCCUAAGAAACCUGAAGACAAUUUAUAUCCUGAAGGUGAAUUUACAAAACGAAAACCUGAUGAGUGGCGUCCAGGUGAUAGGGCUCCCGUCCGUAAGCCAGAAGAUAAUCUUAAGCCUGAAGGUGAAUUCACAUCUCCUGAAAAGCAACCUUGGCAACCAGCUGAACGACAAAAGCCGAAGAAACCAGAAGAUAAUCUGAAACCUGAAGGGGAAUUUACAUCCCCUAAAAAAGAGGAAUGGCAACCAGCUGAACGGCCGAAGCCUAAAAAGCCUGAAGAUAAUUUAUAUCCGGAGGGCGAAUUUCAGAAAAGGAAACCUGAGGAAUGGAGGCCUGGAGACAGAGCACCAGUACGAAAACCCGAAGAUAACCUCAAGCCCGAAGGAGACUUUGAGGAUAGAAGACCAGAGCAAUGGAGACCUGGUGAUAGAGCUCAAAUUCGCAAGCCAGAAGAUAAUCUUAAGCCUGAAGGUGAAUUCACAACACCAGAUAAACAACGCUGGCAACCAGCUGAACGUCAAAAACCUAAAAAGCCGGAAGAUAAUUUAAAACCAGAAGGUGAAUUUGAAAAACGACAACCUGAUGAGUGGCAACCGGGAGACCGUGCACCAACACAUAAACCUGUUGAUAACUUAAAACCAGAAGGAGAGUUUACAACACCACAAAAAGAUAGAUGGCAACCAGCUGAACGUCAAAAACCUAAAAAGCCAGAGGAUAACUUGAAACCAGAAGGAGAGUUUACCACUCCAGAAAAAGCGCCUUGGAGACCCGCUGAAAAAACACAGCCUAAAAAGCCAGAAGAUAACCUUAAGCCAGAAGGUGAAUUUGAGAGAAAGAAACCUGAAGAGUGGCGUGCUGCUGAGCGACCGAAACAAAAAAAACCGGAGGAUAAUCUUAAACCAGAAGGAGAAUUCGAAGGAAAGAAACCAGAAAAAUGGCAACCAGGAGAAAGAGAACCAAUGAAAAGACCCGAAGACAAUCUCAAACCAGAAGGAGAAUUUACCACACCAGAAAAAGAACAGUGGCGUCCCGCUGAAAGACCAGUCCAAAAGAAACCAGUUGACAAUUUGAAGCCCGAAGGAGAAUUUACAACGAGAAGAAUUGAAGACUACAAAGUCGUAACUGGUGAAAGAGCUGAAAUUAUUAGGCGUACUGAUAAUAUUAUUACCGAGGGCGAAUUUACAGACACAACAACUUCUCGAAGUGAAUACACAAUAAAACCAACAGAAAGACCUAAGCCAGUUAGAAGAAAUACUUGGACAAAAUUAGAAGGGGACAUGGUCACGGAGACUACAUCACAGUCUGAAUUUAUUGACUAUACUGAUACGGUCGAGAGGACUACGUUGGUAACUAAGAGGACAGAUAAUUUAAUUCACGAGGGGGAGAUUGAUUUUGUAACAUCUAAUCAAAAAGAUUAUACCGAAAAGAAUUCUAUCAUAGAAAGACCACAAAGACGCCGUACAUGGACAAAAGAAGAUAUCGAAAAGUUCUACUCUACAGAAAGUACAGAGAAUAUAACGACUACUCAAGAAGAAUACAAAAUCCACGAAGAGAAGUGGACUGGAAGAAGACCUUUAGCUAAGAAACCUGAGGACAAUCUUAAGCCUGAAGGUGAAAUGGAAAAACCGAAACAAGAUGAAUGGCGUCCUGCAGAAAGGCAGACUGCAAAGAAACCCAAAGAUAAUUUAGCUCCCGAGGGUGAAUUUGAGACACCGAAGAAGGAAGAUUGGCGUCCAGCUGAACGGCAACGGCCUAAGAAACCAACGGAUAAUUUAUUCCCCGAGGGUGAUUUUACCACUCCAGAAAAGGAGCAAUGGCAUCCAGCUGAGCGUCCUAUCCAAAAGAAACCCGAGGAUAAUCUCAAACCUGAGGGUGAAUUCGAAAAGCCAAAACAAGAUGAAUGGCGACCAGCUGAGAGGCAAACUCCGAAGCGACCUAAAGAUAAUCUCAAGCCUGAAGGUGAUUUUGAAACUCCUAAACAGGAAAAAUGGCGUCCUUCAGAAAGGCCUAAAGCUAUGAAACCUGAAGAUAAUUUACGCCCAGAAGGAGAAUUUGAAAGAAGGAAGCCAGAAGAAUGGCAGCCUGGUGAUAGGGCUCCAGUUCGUCGACCAGAUGACAAUUUAAAACCAGAAGGUGACUUCACUACCCCAGAAAAAACACAAUGGCAACCAGCUGAACGUCCAACUCAAAAACGACCUAAAGAUAAUUUGAGACCAGAGGGAGAUUUUACUCAACCUAUUACAGAAGAAUGGCAACCUGCUGAGAGACCAGUUCAGAAAAAACCAAAAGAUAAUCUUAAACCUGAAGGACAAUUUGAACAGCCUAAGCAUGAAGAAUGGCGUCCGGCUGAACGGCCUUCUCAAAAAAAACCAGUAGACAAUCUACGCCUUGAAGGUGAAUUUGAAAAGCGUCAACCUGACAAGUGGGGACCAGGAGAAAGAGCACCUGUUCAACGUCCUGUUGAUAAUUUAAAACCUGAAGGCGAAUUCAUGUCACCAGAGAAACAGCAAUGGCGACCAGCUGAACGACCGGAACAAAAGCGACCCAAAGAUAACUUAAAGCCAGAGGGUGAUUUUGAACAACCUAAACAAGAUCAAUGGCGACCUGCAGAAAAACAAACUCCUAAAAAGCCUAAAGACAACCUUAAACCGGAAGGUGAGUUUAAUACACCAGAAAAAGAAGAAUGGAAACCUGCAGAGCGACCUAUUCAAAAGAAGCCACAAGAUAAUCUGAAACCAGAGGGCGAUUUCCAACAACCAAAGCAAAAAGAAUGGCAACCUGCAGAGCGACCAACUCCAGCAAAACCAAAAGAUAAUUUAUAUACUGAAGGAGAGUUUGAAAAACCGGUACAAGAAAAAUGGAAACCUGCUGAAAGACCAGAAGUCAGAAAGCCUAAAGAUAACUUAAAACCAGAGGGUGAAUUUGAAAAACCCAAACAUGAUACCUGGAAGCCGGCUGAGCGACAAACACCUAAAAAACUACAAGAUAAUCUUAAACCAGAAGGUCGCUUCGAAACACCUAAACACGACGAAUGGAAGCCAGCUGAAAGGCCAGAAAUUAGAAAACCGAAGGAUAACCUUAGAACAGAGGGUGAAUUUGAAAAACCAAAACAAGAUGAAUGGAGGCCUGCUGAGAGACAAACUCCGAAAAAGCCUCAAGACAAUUUAAGACCCGAGGGAGCCUUUGAGACACCGAAGCCUCAAGAAUGGAAACCAGCAGAUCGUCAAAAACCCAAGAAGCCUCAGGACAAUUUAAAACCUGAAGGUGAUUUUGAGAAGCCAACAACAGAAAAAUGGCAACCAGGUGAAAGACCAACGCCUAAAAGGCCACAGGAUAAUCUAAAAACUGAAGGAAAGUUUGAGCGUCCAGAAAAGCCCAAACCGGUUCCACUCGGAGAAAGACCUGUGCAAAAGAAACCAGAAGAUAACUUAAAACCUGAAGGUGAAAUGGACAUCAUGCGACGAACUGAUUAUACUGCUACUCGAGGAGAACGUGUGAAUGUAGUUAAGCACGAAGAUCAUCUCAAAAUGGAAGGUGUGAUAGAUAUUCACCGAACGAGAGAUGAUUAUAAAAGAAUUGAUAAAACAGAAAAAAUUGUUAUACAAAGACAUGAAGAUAACUUACGGACAGAAGGUGAAUUCAUUGAUCUACACACCCGUAAUGAUUAUAGUGCUACAAAAGGAGAAAGAGCACCUGUAGUUAAACCGCAAGAUAAUUUGAAACCUGAUGGCAAGUUUUAUAAACCGGAAGUUGUGCCAUCUCAACCAGCUGAAAAAAGGAAACCAUUCAGACAUGUUGAUAAUAUAAAAAUUGAACAUGACUUUGAUGUUAGACAGAAAGUUGAUAGAGUUGAUAUCAUUAGACGUGAAGAUAAUUUAAAAAUUGAAGGAGAAUUCAUAGACAUGAAGCAAAAGAAUGAUUAUAAAGUCGUGACUGGUGAAAGAACCGCUAUUGUCAAACAUGAAGAUAAUUUAAAAAUGGAAGGAAAUAUGGAAAAUAUUCGAUCGUCGGAUACGUAUCGUCUUGUCAAAGGACAAAGGGUUAAACUAACUCGUCGAGAAGACAACUUAAAAAUUGAAGGUGUGUUUGAAGACCUCAACCGUAAAACUGACUUUAAUAUUACUAAGGGAGGUAAACCUGCUAUAAAAGAAAAUGAACCAAAACAAUUAGGUCAAAGAAAACCAAAUGAUGAUGAUGUAAAUAACAAAUAUAAGCAAGGGCCUCACAGUAGUAAGCAUGUUACUUCAGAAGUGUAUUCCAAGUCAACUCAACGAACAGAUGAAGAUUCUAAGUAUCAUACACAACAUUACACAGACAGAGUCAUUCAAGAGACAUUUAAAGAUUCUAAAAGCCCAAGUAAACAUCCAUCCCAUGCUAAUUUACCAGCACGGGAUGAUGAAGUCACCGAUAAAUCACCAAGACCAAAAUGGAAUAAGCCCUUGGAGAACGAUGAUAGCACAAAUAGGCGACCAGCUGACGGUAAACCGCAAACUGAUGAUACAGUUAGAAACCAAGGACAAGAUCGUCCUGAUAAACCUGGUCAGUCACCCUUGCCAUCAAAAUCUAAAACUCCGGCAGAUCGAGAAAGAUGGAGUCCUAUGAGGCAAGGACCUUCUCAAACGAAACAAGUCAUAUCAUCAGAUGAGACAACAUACCAUAAUCAAGAUACUACUAAUAUCGUUAGACAUGAUACUGUGCAGCACCACACAGUUAAUAAAGUUUUAGUUACAAAUUCACAUACUGCUCAUGAUGAGAAGACAAAUAUCCAGAGAAAUCAAAACGAAGUACAUAGAUCAACGUAUGGUCAUCCACAAAACCGUCCACAUCUACAUGAUUAUCCACAGUCUUCAACAAAUGACGAUCAUUCUGUUAACCAAAUCAACCAAUCUGUACUAAAAACCGGUGUCGUAAAUCAAACAGGAUUCAUUAGCAAAACUGACAACACAGUACGACAAGGUAGCGUCGAACGCACAUCUUCAGGACAUACAAUUGAACAAACAAACAAAGUUAACCGAACAUCUAAUACCAUGACGCGAAACACGAAUGACAAUACAAUGAAUAGAGUGGAUUCAAGGAAUAUCAAAAAUAUUUCUUCUACAACAUCAAAUUCUAUGAAGACGAUGAAACAAGUAACCGAAAAGAAGUUGAUUGCAGGAAAGUGGGUGACCGUAACUAGGAAUGUUGAAGUAAACACCAUCGUAGGUGAAGGUUCUGGUAAACCAAAUAAUAAAGGAAUUACUCGUGAUGAUCAACCUAAUUCUUCAACAGAUUCGCUUAAUCAACAAUCUAAAAAAGUUAUGUCGACAAAUCAAGCUAAAUCUUCAUCAAAUGAAAUUCAUCAAUCACAUAAGAGUCACCAUAAUAUAUCUGAAAACCACCACCAAAACCUACAACAACACCAACAUCAUAAUCAACAAUAUCAUCAACACCAAUACCAUAACCAACACCAUAACGAGCAGCAACACCAACACCAACACGAUACACUAAACACUACGUUCACGGUUAAAGGUUCGCAUGACGUGAAUGAUAACGUACGCAACAAAAAGAACAUUGUUGUUAAAGAAAAUGAUAUGAAUCAAAAACUUGGGAGAGAAUCUACAAAUCAAGUAUCUAGUUCUACCCAACAUUAUAAGACUUCUCAUGUGUCUGAUAAUAGUAAAUAUCAGACAUCCCAACGUGUAUCUGACAGCCGUAUACACAAUGAUCAAACAAGCAGAGGUAGAACACAUGAUCAUACAAUUACAUCACGUAAUAUUAUUGGUGACAAUAUUAAUCAUAGUUCUCGAAACAAUUUGCAAACAACAAAUAUUCAACGUAAUUCCAAUAACGUGAACGUUAUGACAGAAAGACAUGAACACAACACUGUGAAUACUAAUGUGUCUCACCAAACUCAUACAUCUAAUAGAAGUCAGUUAAGUGACAGUGUAACAAAAACAAGCGUAGAGUUCCAAAGAGCCAUGCAUGGCGGGGACACUCCAUCUUCACCUCAGGAUUAUUCGAACCGAUCCGGGUAUCACAAACGCACAUCAGAUUUCAUAUCAGAUGCUAAUACUAGCAACGCAGUUCUCCACCGUAAGGGAGUUACAUCAAACACAGAAGCAUACCAUUCUACGAGUUCCACCGCAGCUGCUCAACGCAAAAGUAUUUCUAAUUUAUCUGAACGUGGGGAUUACAUAAGCAACUCCACUCAUAGCGCAGAUAGGAAGAGCAUUAGUUCAAUGCAUCGCUCUGCGCGAGAUGGUUCCUCCGUUUUAACACAUCACACUGAAAAUGAUGAUUACCGCCGUCAACAACGCAGAGAUGGACAAUCCACAAUUAUAACAGAUAGGCAACAGAUAGGCAAUCGUGCAGUUGUUAAGGAUAAUCUUCGUAUUGGUGGCGAAUUCUACGGUCAAUCUGAAGCGCGAUCUUAUGGAAGUUUCUCACGCUCUGAUCAUGCACAGAAAACGGAAAGGACCGAGCGUGUAGAAAAAGUGGAACGUCAUGUACGUCACGGGAAUACUUCUCAUUUUGUGUUAGGCGACGGGAGUGCUACAAGUUAUAAACAAGAAUUUAGGGCUCAUGUUCACGGGACAUGUCCUGCAACACUUUUAGAAUCAUCACGCACUCCUUAUAAGCAUACUCGUGAUUCUCGCGAGCAUAAAUUUUAUGCUUCUAAAAUAACAGAACAGAAAACUAAAUAAUCAAGCGUCGAUUUAACUCUCUACUUUUUAUCAUUCCUUUAUUAUGUUUGAUAUUGCGAUGCUUAAUUUUAAUUUUAUACGCAACUAACACUACUAGUCCUAAGAUAAUAAUGUGCCUUCUAAAGAAAAUGUUGCAAUUUUAU